AUGAGCUCCUUCGCUCACAUCCUCCAGGAGGUGGGAGAGUUUGGCUUCUUCCAGAAGCGUCUGGUGGCCAUCUUGUGCAUCCCCAGCAUCUUCAUCGCCUUCGACAUCAUCGGCCAGGUGUUCACGGGCCUGGCCUUCCCCGACUUCUGCGACACCUCCUGGAUCCUGGAGCGAGGAGCCAACCUCAGCCUGCAGCGGCAGAAGGAGCUGAGUCUCCCUCGCCGCCCGGACGGAACUUUCCACGCCUGCUUGAUGUUCACGCCCGUGCCCUGGGACCUGGACACCAUCGUGGAGUACGGCCUCAACCGCACCACGCCGUGCCUCAACGGCUCCACCUUUGAGGCGCCGCCGGGAGCCUCCAGCGUGGUCACUGAGUUCCAGCUGGUGUGUGACAGAAGUUCCUUCAUCGAAGCGUCCCAGUCCGUCUACAUGGCCGGACUUCUUGUGGGGGCCUUGGUGCUGGGGGCCAUGGCUGACAGGUCAUUUUCCUCAUUUGCAUACUCAUUUGCAUAUUCACGCCAUCCAAUCCAUUUUGCAAAGUACCCAGUUCAUCUUCGGCCUGGUGGAGAUUCCCGCUCGCCUCGGCUCUCUGCCGCUCAUCCAGCGCUUUGGCAGGCGGCCGUGCCAGGCAGGAUUGUUGAUGUUUGCGGGCGCCGCCUGCCUCGCCAGCAUCGCCGUGCCCAAAGUCAAUAG